UCGGUGCCAUUUCUCCGAUCGGUGCGUUUGUCAAAUAGUUUUCUAUAAUAUAAAUUAGGAAAAAAGUCGUGUGAUACAACUAAAAGGUGUGACUAUUUCGUCCCCGUUCGAUUCGAAUUUAAAUACCGGACGAAGUGGCCGAUGGCGUUUCGUAGUUGAGACGGUCGUGGCGCGCCCCGCGACCCCUCGUUUACAUGGAUUCGUACUUUUCGUGGUUGAUGCCAGAACAAGAAGGUCCAGCGAAAGUAUUGUGGAUGCGAGUCUGGCAUACCCAAUUGCAGCAAGAGAUCGAGGGAAUGAACCUGCGGGACAGCGAUAACGAUAACGAGACGAUGACGAACGGCUUCAAUAAUAAUAAUAAUCAUCAUCAUCAUCAGGGACAGAUCGUGAACGGGAAACAAUCGGACAAAUCGGGCAAUUUUAAUCGGGUGCGUCGCACCAAAAGUGAUACGAAUAAUCGGGCCACGCAACGGCCCCUGCACCGUAAGUUCGUGACCGAUUACGUGGGUUGUCCCUGGAGACAGGACAAGUUCCAGUAUUUAAAGGGGAUCUUGGGGUUACAUCAGGAAAUAGAGCAUUUUUACGAGUACAUGAGCCCCACGGAGGCCGAGCACCAAGUCCGCGCCGAGGUGGUGUCCAACAUCGAGCAAAUAAUCAAGUCGAAAUGGCCGGACGCCAUAGUGGAGGUGUUCGGGUCGUACCGGACCGGUUUGUACUUGCCCACCAGCGACAUCGAUCUGGUAGUGAUAGGGAAAUGGAAAAACUUGCCCCUGCGCACUUUGGAGCAGGAGUUUCUGGAGAAAGGGGUGGCCCAGGAGGACAGCAUAAAGGUUCUCGACAAAGCGUCUGUGCCCAUAGUUAAGCUAGUAGACAAAAAGACUGAAAUUAAGGUUGACAUAUCCUUUAACAUGUCGAACGGUGUGAAAAGUGCCGAGCUGAUAAAAAAAUAUGUGGAGCAGUUUCCGGUGUUGCCCAAGCUGGUUUACGUUUUAAAGCAGUUUUUGCUGGAGCGAGACUUGAACGAGGUGUUCACCGGAGGCAUCAGCAGCUACAGUUUGAUACUCAUGUGUAUCAGUUUUUUGCAGCUACAUCCAAGACAAGACGGUGUCCGUUUAGCCAACGCCAACCUUGGUGUCCUGCUGAUCGAGUUCUUCGAAUUAUACGGCAGGAAGUUCAAUUUUAUUAAUACGGGGAUACGGAUAACCGAUGGAGGAAAAUACAUAAAUAAGGAUGAAAUGCAAAAAGAGAUGGCAGAUGGUCAUAGGCCCAGUAUGCUUUGUAUAGAGGAUCCCUUGCAACCUUCGAAUGACAUCGGCAGGAGUAGUUACGGCAUUUUAUUUGUAAAAAAAGCGUUCGAAUACGCCUUCACGAUCCUGACGAACGUCGUGCAUCCUCUGUCCAUCCAUAACGACUGCACCAGGACGAGUAUACUCGGCCGUAUUGUGCGGGUGAGCGACAAGGUGGUGCAGCACCGCCGCCGCAUCGAGGAGGGCGGCACCCGAAUUAUUUCUGGGGGCGGCGUGCAACAGCAGCCCACCGCGACCACCACCACCACCACCGCCGCCGCCUCCGUCGUCGUCGUGAAUAAUAAACCGUCGCGGUCGUCCAGUACCGGUAGUACGAGUAGCGCGGAAGAGAGCGGCGUCAGUUCCGAGGGAUCGGAUCGUCCGUCGCGUGACCACUCCCCGAACGUCUCUUACCCCCGUCAGACCCACCAGCGGAAGGUGUGGCACGGCACGCGGAAAUACGAGCACCAUAACGUCCACCACGGGCGCGGUAGUAGCGGAGGCGGCGGUGGCGGGGUGGGACAAACGACCGGUCAACAUCAGAGUUACGGGGGCGGACAGAGGGGCGGCAGCCACCACCACCACAACCACCCUCAUCACUAUCACCAGUCGAGUGGGAUCGGCAAACGGAAAAAGCCCGAAAGGAGCGACAGGGACAGACAGUAGCUUUAGUUUAGGUGUAUCUUUUUUUUAAUUUUAAUUUUAAUUUAAAUUAAGCCAAGGAGAGUGUGUGUGUGUGGGUUUGGGUGGAAGGAGUGCAAAGAAAGUUGAGCGAAAUGUAUAUUUUUUUCUUAUGCAGGUUGUUUUAAAUUCAACCCUUAAAAAGUGGAUCUCGGAUUUAAUAAGGGAUACGAAGAUGGUUAAAUUGAGGCAGAAUUGAGAAUUUUUUUUCUAAAACAAUAUACUAUUUAAGAAAUUUAAACACUUAAGAUCCAUCGACAAAAAAAAUGAAAUUUUGAAAAAUGGAUUUUAUUUUUUUUCGGAACUUAUUUCUUAUCCAAUUUUGAAAUAAUUUGCAUUUUUCAAUGCCAUUUUUUUUCAUGCUACAUGAUGGUGUCUUUAGAUUUUUCAUACGACUUUCGUCGUAUGCCAACCAACAUCAACUUUUUUUUUUGAUGUAUCACAAGUAAUAUAUUUUUUUUAAAAACCCGAAUUUUUCAAAUAAAACCAAUUUUGCCUCGGUAGACUGUACAUAAACCUUGUACAAGAAAGGUGUUGCCUAAAUUAUUAGUACAAAACUUGUCACUUUGUACUAAAAUAUUAGCAAAACAAUAAAAUAUUUAAAACGUAUGACAGUAUAAAUAUUGUCUUGUCACUUUAUCACGGCAUACUGCGGCAAAUUUGGUUUUUCCAUAAAUUACUUGUGCCAAGAUUUUAAAAAUGCAACAAUCCCAUGUGGCAUUCAUAAGAAAAAACAAAGUUGUUGAUGAUGAUCGGCAAAGGACGAAAAGUCGUAUUAAAAAUCUUCGUAUCUCUUAUUUCGUAGAUUUCCAAAUACCCAUGUUGAGGGUCAAAUUUGAAACGCCCUGUAUAAGGUGACUUGUAGAGCUUAUUUUAGGGUGUCCGGGAUGGGUUAUAUGAAUUUCAAGAUAAAUUCGCAAUAAAUAAAAAGAACGAAAGUCCGAAUAUUUGGACGUAACCAGUCUAUUCCUGAUUGAUUGGAUUUUUUUGAACAAUGACUAAUAGAUUUUUUCUUAGCCAUCCAGUGUCAUGUACUUCCAAGACACUUUCGCAAUAUUCUAAAUGUUCACCACCCCACGAAGGUAAAAACGUUUAUAUCAGACGGAUGAUACUACUGAAUCGUGAAAAUUAAUGAGGAUGAAAUGGACAAUUUCGAAUUUCCCGGGAUUUUUUUUUUACUUUGAUCAGCCCGACGCGUUUCGCUUUUGUCUGGACAAAAUAAUAAUAAAAAAUUCAAAAAACCGGCACCAAAAAUUAAAAAAAAAAUGUAUAAAAAUUUUUAUAAACAGACAAAUCCGAUUGAAAUUUUCAUGAGACGUUGCGAAACGCCUCGAACUGAUUGAAGUAAAAAAAAAAUUCCGGGAAAUUUUGAUUUUUCACUUCAUCCUUGGGAAAUUACCAAAAAACAACAUGCAGGGGGCAGUGGAGACUAUUUUCUAACCUUACUUGUUACCUAGAGUACUAUCCGUAGAACAAGUUGUCAAAAAAACGGAGCGAAGUGCGGUUGUUUAUAAAUUUCAUUAUUAUACCAAUAAGUUUGCCACAACGUUAGUGGUCAUCAUCAACUUGUUUGUCAAUUAUUAAGAAAAUUGCUUUUGAUGCAUUAUUAUUGCCAGUCUAUUUUUUUUUAACGAAUCAUUAUAAAAUAGCCAAUUAAUUGGAUUCUCCUUAUAGAUUUUCACGUAAUUAUUCAUUUGAUUUAAGAAGCCAUGUAAAUAGAGCUCAAUUUCUUAUUUGAAUUCUGUAUUGUCCAAGAUUUUGAUCCGUUCGAUCAGUCCCACUCUUUUUUCCUUUUAUGAAUUACAUUUAACCUUUUCCACAAGAUAGACAUCAUAUUAUUUAUUAGUAUCAAUAAAAAAUAUAGAGUUAACUACUUACUCAUUUUGCCCAUUAGAAUAUCAUCUUCAUUUAUUUCAGUGCAACUUCUCAUUGUUCAUGUUUAAAUUAAAAAUGACUCAGGUUCAUUCGAAAUCCAUAAUUUUAUAAUUUAACAGGAAGAGGUUUAGGACAACUUAGAGGUUUAGGCUCUCAGAACGACUCCUGAAAUAGCCAGACUUUGAGAUGUCUGGAAUAUUCUAGAUAUUCGUGAGUCUGUGCAAAGUAACACAGUCAGAGGUAGUAAUCUGAGGUACUCAUUACUAUUAUAUUCCAAGAAUCACUUCAUUUUUGAGAGCCUUCUUGAUAUUUUUAAGUCUUGCCAGGUAUUUGAAGAUAAUAUAAGAGUAUAUUCAAGGAAUCUCGAGUUACUUUAACUGCCUGUGAAAACUAUCCGAGUACUUUUAAGCCUCGCCUAGGCAUUUGAAGGUAAUUUAGAGUCUAUUCCAGGAAUUUGAGUCAUUUUAAUUGCCUGUGAGAGCUUUCUAAGUACUUUUAAACCUCCACAUUUAUUGUUUUUAUCUACUGUGUUGUUCAGUCUUGCUGGUAAUAUACUCUCCAUUACUUUUUCAAUUUAUGGAAUAUUUUUAUGAUAAAUACUCCUUUUUAUGUGUCCAUCGAGGCGAUUUAAGUCUUGCCACGUACUUGAAGAUAAUAUAAGAGUAUAUUCAAGGAAUCUGAGUCACUUUAACUGCCUGUGAGAACUAUUUAAGUACUUUUAAGUCUCGCCUAGGCAUUUGAAGGUAAUUUAGAGUCUUUUCCAGGAAUUUGAGUCACUUCGACUUCCUGUAAGAGCUUUCAUAAUAUUUAUUAUUAAAUAUUUUUAAGCCUCAUUCAGGCACUUAAAGAUAUUCUUCAGUCUAUUCCGGUUUUCCAUUAAAAAAACUCAGAAUAUCCUUAAGAAUCCUUAGCUGUUUAUUGGAGACUCUCUAAAAGACUUAAAUCAGGCAACCAAGUUUCUGAAAUAAGUUCUGGGCACUUAUUUUAGCUUUCAAGCAGCAAACUUUCUGACUCUUUAAAUAAUAAGUAAAUAUUAUUAAAUUUUUGUAAGGAAUUGAGGUAUAUUUGUUAAAUACUUCCUGGCAGUUCUCAAAAAUCUAAAUGUUUCACUAGUCUCUUAAACAAUCUCAGAUUACCUUCAAUUGCCUGGAAGGGAUGGAUUUAUUCUCGCCUGGAAACGAUCUUAAAUUGUUAAAUAUGCAAAAUCAAAUAUCUACAAUUUGCCAGAAUACCUUCAAUCCCCUGGAGUCUUUAAAGGCUUAUUCCAGGAUAUCCCAGAGAUUCUUGAAUAACCUGAAAUAAUGUAUGUGACUACAUACAUUGUCUUAUUUUGAAAGUUUGUUUUAAAGUAUAAAGGAGGUGUCCGCAAUUUUUAGAAGGGAAUUUAGGUAUAUCUUAAACAAUUAUAUCCGAUGAUUUUUCACACAAAUUUUCACUUAGAAAAAUUCAAAAAUUGGUGAUUUAGAAACACCGAAAGUGCCUGGAAAAAAUGUUAAUAAAAAGAAAUUCAGACAAUUUAAAAUUAAUUUGGAAAAUUUAUAAAAAUAUUCCCUAAAACCGAUUUGCUGUUAUUAAAUGUACGAGAAUUAUACAUCAACGCUUUUGUCACGUUCAAAGUAGUCACCAUUCAAGGCGAUACAUUUAUUCCAGCGCCGCUGCCACUCCAAAAACGCGUCCUCGAAGCUCUUCUUAGUCAUGCGCUUAAAAAUCGCUUCUAAAGCUUUAACAGCAGCAUCUCCGGAGGGAAAACGCCUUCCUUUCAGGAGGUCCUUUUUUGCAGUGGGAUAAAGAAAAAAGUUGUUCGGUGCUAAAUCGGUAGCGAUUAGACAGCCAGCUGUGUUUAUCGUUUCUUCACGAAGCGCAGUAACAGGCGCUCCUGGACCGCCUUCCAGUUCACAGCUCUUUCUCUACCUUUUCGGAAGGCAGCGUGCCACUGUAAACACGUGGAUUUUUUCAUGCAAGCUUCACCGUACACAUUCUUUAACUCACGAUAUGUUUCGAGUGGUUUCUUGUUCGAUUUCACCAAAAAUUUAAUCGCGUAACGUUGUUUUCGAUAUCCAGACAUUGUAAAUAUUAGAGGCGACUUUCAUACACGUCUUCUUCGCAAUGUCACUACUUGAGCACUAAUGAGAUCAGAUCGCUACCAAAUUUGUACUGUUAAUAGGUAUUAGUAUAUUGUUUCAUGCCAUGACCACGAGAUCGCGUCACCUGUAUUACACAGCUGCUCUUGGCGAGAGUCUGAGUCUUUAUUGAACAGCCUUCGUAUAAUUUUUCUGAAAAUUUCCUUUUUUUUUAUUUAUCCAAUAAAAUAGUUUAUUUCUUCCAGGCAGUUGGGGACUAUUCUUCCAAACAGUUUUCCUUAUUUUGUAUGUUGUUUUAGUGACCCAGAAUAAUUUUGUUUAUAAAUAAAGGUGUAGUUAGAUGAGGUGACCCUUAUCCAACUAAACCCUUGAAAAUUAACAAGUUUUCAUUAUUUUUUAGAAGCAAUUUAUGAUUAAAACUUUUGAGUCAAAUUUCUAAUUCUUUUAGCAAGAUAAUUGAAUCGGUGAGUUCGAAAACCAUCCAUGUCCAAAAUCCGCGUUCCGAGAAAAUCAAUAAAAACCUUUUAAAGCUAAAACUACUUAGCAUAGACUAUCGGCAUGCAUAGAAAAGUUGUAAAUCUCAUGGUUGGCAAUGUGUUUUUAAGGGUAGUUUUUCAGAAAAAAAAAUUAACUACCAAUGACAGAUCAAAAGGCGGGACGGACUUGUACGGUUUUUGAACGCAAUUCUGUAUAAUAUAAAAAGAUAUAGGUAAAUAUUUAUUUAAUACAGAGGAAAAAUAUAAUUUGAAAACUAAUAUCUCAAUCAUUUUCAGCGUUUGUAGUUUUCCAUGAAGUGAUGUGGUAAUAAAAUUCCAAUGCUUCACCUUGGGUAUAAGUCAUUACCUUGAUGUCCAGAAUUUUUUUUUCAUUAAUCGGAACAGGUUCUUUAUAUGCCUGAUUAUUGGGCAGAGGUUCUUAUGUUCUUUGAGCAAUUUAAAAGUUUGGGAGUGUAAACUAUCUAUAUAAAAAUAAUACAUAGCAUAUAAUGCAUAUACAAAUCUAUACUGUAUUCCUGUACUGAAACCUUAUUAAUCAUAAACAAUUACAGCUUUAAAAAACACUAAAAAUUUAAAUAAUUGUUGAUAGUUUCCCUACUUUUAUUGCGGAUUACAAAAACAUACCUGUGUGUUCACUUAAACUCUUAAGAGCUGCUGCAACUAUUCUUUUGCUUCUGGAACUCAUAUUUUUGGCAAAACAAAACCUGCUCAAAAUUGCCUUAGUGCUAUUCUAAUACCAGAACGGCUUAAAGUUUGUAUGCAGUAUAGUAUCAAAGGCCUUUACAUUAUUUUUUAAUUUAUGAACUACAUGUACUUAGUCCCUCUGUAAAUUCAUACUGAUUUCCCACGAAAAUGCCCCAAAUGUCUUCAGAAAGGUCUUUAAUACAAUUUUUUCCAUAAAUUUCAACUUUACUGGUUAAACCAUUUUUUUAUAUCACAGAUUGUUUAAAAUAUGACUGUAUUUGUGGAAAUUAAAGUUAAUUUAACUAUCCACCAAAUUAAUAAUUCAAUAUUUUCUGUCCAGUAUGAGUGCACCCCCAUCCACAUACACAUAACUCAAUAGCUUAGGAUGUACAUAGCAACUAGUUAGUUAGGGUAUAAAAUUGAAAAAAAAAACCAACGUGUAACUAUUGUAUAAAAUGUUUUAAAUUAAGCGAAGAGGUUCAAUACAAACAGUCAUAAAUUUUUAGUUCAUAUUUUAUGUUUAAAAGAAAUUUAGUUUUUUUUAAUUAUAAACAGGCAUUUUGUAAUUAUGACAACUGUAUAUACACUUAAAACGUUAUUAUUUUAUCAAAAUAGGUAAAAGUCUUUGUUGUAGUCGGACGGGUGUUUUUUUUUUUUUAAUUUAUAUCUAAAUAAUAAUUAAAGAACGCAUUUAGUUAAAAAAAAAAAACACCCGCACCGGUACGACAAAGAAGAAAAAUUGAAAUUGUGAUAUAUAUUUGAUAUGAUUACCGUUUAAGCAAAGUAUGUAUAUUUUUCUUUUCCUGUGUUUUGCUACAUACAUAAGGUGUUUAUUUAUAUAUAUAUAGGGAUGAUAUUUUCUUUUUUUCCCAAUGUACAUAUUUAUAGCAAAUCUAACAUAAAAUGACGCCAUAAGACUUUGUCGGAACGUUUUAGGUUUCUAUUAUUAUUAUUAUUAUUAUUGGUAAGCCACUGUUGACAGCUUUUAAGGUACAUCGGUACCUUUAUAUAGUGAAUUUUAUGUGUAAAUUGGACGGCAGUAGUAUUUUUUUCCAAUUAUAUCUCAUCUUUUUUAUUAUAUAUUAAACAGGCGGUCAUUUGCUGCCGUCCAAUAUUUUCUAAAUAAAAAUUUCAGUAGGCCAUAAGUAUUUAUAUUUGUCAAGAAAAAUAAUAGUUUUUAGGUCCUAUGUCUGCCGGCGAAAUUUUUAACUAAGGUAUAUACUAUGCAUAUACACGUAGACCUAACUUCUUUUUUUUUUCUUUUCCUUUUUUUGAGUUAAGUACAAAAAAGCCAGAAAAAAAUGUUUUAAUAUUUAAUUAAAAAAAAAAAUAAUAAUAAUGUUAUUUCGUAAAAAAUGUAUAAAGUAAAAGCGCCAAGGCAUAUCGUGUGUAAAAAAAAACCAUGUAAAAUAAAUAAGAAAUUUCGGUUCUUGUGCGCAAA